UUUAGCUUCCUCAUAAUAACAUGGCUUCUAAAACUAAAGCCUCAUUACUUACCCUUUUCCUCUCCUUCAAUCUCCUUUUCUUCGCCAUGGUCACUGCAACUAAUACUAAUUGUGCCUUCUGUCCUUAUCAUCCUCCUGGUAGCGGUGGCAGUGGAGGUGGCGGUUCAGGCAGUGGAGGUGGAGGUGGAAGUGGAGGUGGUGGUUCGGGCAGUGGAGGUGGCGGUUCGGGCAGUGGAGGUGGGGGUGGAGGUGGAGGUGGAGGUGGAAGUGGAGGUGGUGGUUCGGGCAGUGGAGGUGGUGGUUCAGGCAGUGGAGGUGGAGGUGGAAGUGGGGGUGGAGGUGGAGGUGGAGGUGGAGGUGGAGGUGGACAAGUAAGGUGUCCAAGAGAUGCUUUGAAACUUGGUGUGUGUGCUAAUAUACUUAAUUUGGUGAAUGUAGUAGUGGGGUCUCCACCAACUUUGCCAUGCUGCAGUUUGAUACAGGGACUGGCAAAUCUAGAGGUGGCAGCUUGUUUGUGCACAGCCAUAAGAGCAAACAUACUGGGCAUAAAUCUGAAUGUGCCACUCACUCUUAGCCUCAUUCUCAACAACUGUGGAAUGAAUAAUAGUGGCUUCACUUGCUAAGCAUUCUGCUCUUUCUUAUAUGUCUCUUAUCAUUAUCAUGAAUUUCCUUGUCUUAUGAUAGUUAUAUUGUUGUAAAUACGCGAAUUUGCAACAUCAACUUAUAAAGCAAGAUUCGUGAACCAGUUGAUCAUUUUACAUUUGUACUCAAAAGGUUUAUUACUAUUAUAUAUAUGGACUGUCUUUUCUAUUUCAUAAUAUAAUAAUAAGAAUAUUUAUAUUUUGGAUUU